CGAUUAGAUCCAGACCUUUAUAUGCACAUUUAUUUAUUUAAUAUGUCAUUUGCAUGCUACGCGCGCCUCUGUGGACGUGCCAGCGCGACCUCUGAGUGUUGAGUCAGAGUGAGAAGUGGAUUUCAGCUUCAGUGUAUCGACUCUGAGGAAGCAGCCACCUUAAACGCUCAACAAGUUGUUUUUUUUUUUUUAGUUUUUUUUUUUAAAGGUGGCUUUUGAAUUCAGCAGAGCGCAGUGUUUUACCUUGGAGCUGCUUCUUUUAUUAAAAGAUACGUUUUUUGUGUCCUCGGUGCCAUAAAGGAGGAAAGGACAGCGUGUAGUCUGGACACAAUGUCAUUGAAAGUCGGCAGAAGUGGGAAUUAAUGGAAGCAGCUCCUGAUGAGCGAAAACAAGAUUUCGGGUGUCAGACUCUGAACACCUGACCAGGUUAAUUCCGGCAUCAGUUUUGCAGAAUUGCGCUGUUGUAGAGCCGGCUGUCUCUCCUCUGAGCGCUUCUGUCGGGCAGACAACAUUUCGGCGCGCCUUCCAUCAUGAUGAGUGUUUUUCCGCUCGGAUGCUGAACAUGACAACGUGGAGCGGAUUCCGGGAAAUCAUGGGCUAGAUUUGGGGUCAUUUGACUCGGUUCCGCCGUCUUGUACGUUCCUGUCGGUGCGUUGUGUUUUUUUUUUCCACUGUGUGCGUGCUUCUGGUGUUAGAAUGAAUCAGUGCGCCUUGGAGUAUGAGCGCCUAUAAUGUGCGUCCCUUAUGUCCAUUAACAACCCAUGACAGAGGAUCAAGUGUCCUUGUCAUCCAGCCGCGGAUGAAUGUUCUCCAGCUUGCUCAAAUCAUUUCUUACAUAAUGCUAUAUGUAGAAAACAGCCAAAUUGGGGUGAGCAGCCCGGUCAUAUAGGCGGACAGGACAGCGACGGCCAAUGAGCGGCGAGCUCCGUUAUCUACAAAAGACCGGGAAUCCGGUGCCAAUAUGACCGGCGUCGGAGCGUUGAGGACGGCUGUGGAGAGGAGAGGGAGGGCCUCGGGGGGAGAGAAACGUUUCAAGGACAAGAAAGGAGGAAUGGCACAGAAACAUCUGUGAGGACAAAAGAGGAAAAAGUGAAGCUGCUGGCGUCACACUGGCAGGGUGAGGGAUUGAACGUGUGGAUGGGGCUGUUUCCAAGGGCACUGAGGUAAGCAUGGCCACAUCGGCGGAGAGAGGGCGGAGGUGUGAGCUGCCGGCUCCAGGAGAAUGACUGGAGACUCUGAGGCCACUUUUCUGUAGCGUCUUCUGUUUAACAUUCAGAUUGACAUUGACUUUCUAACCUUUAAAGAGGUCGAGUACAUUGAGUAGUUUUUGAGGGUUACAGGUUAUAUUCCACCUCCUCCUCCCUGAGUUGGGAUGGAUGGGGUGGCUGGAGGUGUGGGCACCCCCAGCAGCGCCGGGGGGUCUGGGGGUGACAGCCUCCCCAGGCGUAACGGGGACUCUAAGCGGCGCAGCAAGGGCAGCCUGCCCUCUCCGGGCUACAGGCUGUCCCAGGCCUCACUGGAAGGGGAGAGGGGCUCCUUCGGGGCGGACAGCACCUCCUCAGGUGGACGCGGCCGUCGCCUCUCCAUAAUGAGCUCCUCCACACGGGACGGCCUCCCUUUCCGCACAGCAGGCACCCCAACCACCCCGGUGCCCCUGCCGCCCCCACCAUCCUCCUCUGCCACAGCCCAUCCACCUCCUCCACGCUCUGUGGGCUUCGCCUCAACCCGCGCCGCCCUGCCCUCCACCUCCUCCACUGGCACCGGAGUCAUGGUGGUGGCCACCGGCCCGGAGACCACCACCACCACGGCGUGCAACACCACCGCAGCAGGGACCCCCGAGCUCAUGGGCCAGUCCGGACUGGGUGGAUUCGGCAUGGGGCUGGACGGGGAGGACUACAGCACCUCCAACCAGAGCACCUUCAUCCAGAGACAGUUUGGGGCCAUGCUGCAGCCCGGGGUCAACAAGUUCAGUCUGCGCAUGUUUGGGUCCCACAAAGCGGUGGCGCUGGAGCAGGAGAGACUGAAAUCUGCGGGGUCGUGGAUCAUACACCCAUACAGUGACUUCAGAUUCUACUGGGACCUGUUGAUGUUAAUGUUGAUGAUGGGGAACUUAAUCAUCCUGCCAGUGGGCAUCACUUUCUUCAGAGAGGAGAACACUCCCUCGUGGAUUAUCUUCAACGUGGUCUCUGACACGCUCUUCAUGGUCGACUUGGUUCUCAACUUCAGGACCGGCAUCAUCAAGGAAGACAACACUGAGAUAUUGCUGGACCCCAGGGCGAUACGCCAGAAGUACCUGAAGAGCUGGUUCCUCGUGGACUUUGUGUCGUCCAUCCCGGUGGAUUAUAUCUUCCUGAUGGUGGACAGUCUCGACUCUGAGGUCUACAGGACAGCCAGGGCGCUGCGCAUCGUCCGCUUCACCAAAAUCCUGAGUCUGCUUCGACUGCUCCGCCUGUCAAGACUCAUCCGCUACAUCCACCAGUGGGAGGAGAUCUUCCACAUGACCUAUGACCUUGCCAGUGCCAUGGUGAGGAUAGUUAACCUGAUCGGUAUGAUGCUGCUGCUGUGCCACUGGGACGGCUGUCUGCAGUUCCUGGUCCCCAUGCUGCAGGACUUCCCUCCUGACUGCUGGGUCUCCAAGAACCUGAUGGUGAAUGACACAUGGGGCGUGCAGUACUCUUAUGCUCUCUUCAAAGCCAUGAGCCACAUGUUGUGUAUCGGGUACGGCGCCCAGGCUCCAGAAGGGAUGACGGAUGUGUGGCUCACCAUGCUCAGCAUGAUCGUAGGUGCCACCUGCUACGCCAUGUUCAUCGGCCAUGCCACCGCCCUCAUCCAGUCGCUGGACUCCUCACGACGACAGUACCAGGAAAAGUACAAGCAGGUGGAGCAGUACAUGUCGUUCCAUAAGCUUCCUGCAGAUGUUCGGCAAAAGAUCCACGAGUACUAUGAGCACCGCUUCCAGGGCAAAAUGUUUGAUGAGGAGAACAUCCUGGGAGAACUCAGCGAGCCACUUAAAGAGGAGAUCGUCAGCUUUAACUGCCGCAGCCUGGUGGCUAACAUGCCACUAUUCGCCAACGCUGAUCCCAACUUUGUGACUGCCGUGCUGACCAAGCUCCGUUUUGAAGUGUUUCAGCCCUCAGACUUUAUCAUCCGUGAGGGCACGGUUGGACGAAAGAUGUACUUCAUCCAGCAUGGGCGAGUCAGUGUGCUGACCCGCGGCAACAAGGAAACCAAACUGAGCGAUGGGUCGUACUUUGGAGAGAUCUGUUUGUUAACUCGUGGACGGCGGACAGCCAGCGUCCGUGCCGAUACAUAUUGUCGCCUGUACUCUCUCAGUGUGGACAGCUUUAACGAGGUGCUGGAGGAACACCCGAUGAUGCGACGUGCCUUCGAAACUGUCGCCGUUGACCGACUGGACCGUAUCGGCAGGAAGAACUCAAUGCUCCUGCGGAAGUCCUCCCAGGGUGGUUCUCUGGGGGGCAGUAUGGGUCGUGGCGGAGGUCGGGGUGGGGGUCCAGGAGCAGGAGGCCUUGCAGCAGGCGGUCUUGGUUCCUGUGACAGCAUGCUGGUGCAACAAAUUGUCAAACACGACAGCAUGCCGGCCAUGCAGGAUGCCAUUGCGGCCGCUGCUGCAGGCAGAAGCGGAGUCAUGGGAGGGAGUGGCACAGUGUCUCCUCGGCCACGCCCGGUCAUCUGGGCGCCGCUGGUUCAUGCCCCUCUGCAGACUGCUGCUGCCACCAGUAAUGUAGCCAUCGCCCUCAUGCACCAGCAGCAGCAACAGCAACAGCAGCUGCAGCAGCUGCAGCAGCAGCAUGCGCUCGGAGGAGCUUUCUUCCUGCCUUCUCCUCUUAUCUCUCCAUCUCCAUCCUCCUCUUUCCCUCUGUCUCCUCCUCGUCCUCCUGUGUUACAGCCCCUCCGCCCCUCUGUGAGCUCUCUCAUUGGGAUGAUGACGAUGGGAGGGAUGGGAGGAUUAGGAGGGAUGGGAGGGAUGGGAGGGAUGGGUGGUUUGUCCCCAAGAGGGUUUCCUGCCUCUCCCUCAACCAUGGGCCCCCUUGGUGGGCUGACAUCACCCCCUAUCGCUAAAACUCCACCAGCCUCCUCUGUCCCGACUUCAGUCCAACAAGGCAGAACUCUUCAUUACGGCCUCCGCCUUCAGACUGACCACCCUCAAGUGAUUGCUGCAUCACAAGGAACCCCAACAGGUGCAGCCCAAGCAACUCCGCCCAUCCACAAGAUACCUGCCACCAACCCCCCUGCUGCAUCUGCUGCCCCCUCAGAUGGUAACAUGUCUGUAACAAGCCAGCAGGGAGCAAAAGAAGCUCUGUUACGUCACGGGGGAAACAGCUCUCAGGGUCUGCCAGCGCUGGGCAGACUCACCCAGGAGGCCAGGCUGCUGUCGGCCUCGCAGCCCACUCUGCCUCACCGCUCCUGGGCUGGAGUGCAGCCUCACCCACCUCUCCACAGGAAAGCUUCUGGGGGUAAUUUGCUGGCGGCUCCUUUCCUGGCAGGGCAGUUGGCCAGGGGAGGAAGCACGGGCGUGUUGACCUCAAAUGCUCCGGUGCAGCUGGUGACAAAUAUACCGUUUAAUGCACAAACACAAGCUGCAGUUCCCAUUCAGCCUGCGUUAGCACAGAAUCUGCUCACACAAUCUGCCCCUCACUCUGCUGCUGUGCCCGCACCUACAGCUGCAUACAUGCCUUCUGCAGCUUCCUCCUCCCCUCCAAAGCAGACCCCGCACUCCUCUACUACCCCUUCACCUGCACCCACCCCGUCACCUCCUACACCUAUACUCCCCCAGACACCUCGCCCAAAACCAGUCCCAAUGACCCCUUCCUCCUCUCCUCCUCCCUGCUCCACCCCUCCUUCAGCUGGAACAAACCCGCUGUCACUCUCAUCAACUCCUCGCCCCAAACCAAUCCCAACACCCUCUCCCCGCUCUUCUUCUCCAACUCCCACUUCCACUCUGCCUCCAUCUUCUGUUUCCACCCCUGCUCCACUACCUCAAACUUAUGGGCCCAAGUCAUCUUUUACCUCCUCCUCUCCGCCUUCAUCCUUAAUCACCUCCAUCCCACCACGUCCCCAAAGCCCCAGAGCCAAGGCAUCCAACACGCCUCCUUCUGCUUCUCCGUUGUCCGGCCCCAGUCCCGCCGCAACCCCAAUCCCUUCUCCAACUCCCACUACCCGCACACGCACUUCUACCCCUGCCCAAACUCCUACACAAACCAUGACACCUGUUACUCCUACCCCCUCUACCAACCCUGUUACACCUGCUCCCUCCCUGGGUAAAUCCCAAAGUCCGACCCCAUGUCUCCAGCCUUCUGUCUCCACCUCCAGAGGCUCCACCUCGAGCCAGAUCCCAAAACAGACCCCAACCCAAACUCCUUCACCAACGCCAGCUAGCACGAGCUCUCCACGUAAAAUAACGUUCUCAGUUCAUCCUGUAAAGCAAAUCUCUCCUGUGCUGACUCCGAGCUCUACAUCAGGCUCUGAUCAUUCCACCAAAACAACCCCAUCAACAACCCCAUCCUCAACAACUUUAUCCUCCACUAAGCCCUCAUCUCUUACCACCAUCUCUCCCUCCACCACAACUGCCACAUCUUCUAGUGCCCAAUCUGCCUCUGCUCCCUCCCCAAAACAAAUGCCAACUACCACAGCUGCCCCCACCCACUCCUCAAAACUCAAUACACCCUCCACUCCUGCACAGACCUCUCAGGCCGCCACCACACCCACCCAGUCGGCACACACAGCCGUCCCUGCCAACACCACCUCCCCUAAAGGUGGGAAAAAAGACCCUCAGCUGUCACUCGCCAGAAAAGACUCAGAGGGACUGAGACACAAACUGCCUGCCAACAUGUAAGAUCUCGCAGGAUGUUGGUGUUGUACUUAUUAGCAGAGCCAUGGACAUAGAGUCCGGAUUGGCUCCAGACAUCUGAUGAUGUCAUGUGGACAGGUCCAUCUUGUUUGCAUUCACUCUAGGAUGUGAUUGUCUUAGAACAUCAGGUGUUCGUGUAACUCAAGCCAUCGAUCGAGGGUGGAGACAGACUUUAUGGGUGUGUUUGGUGCAGGCGAUGGUCAAGUCUGAAAAACCAACACGUUCUCAUCCCAAGUCGUCAUAUAUUGCUGCUUUGCAGUGGACUUCCACGUCUACAUAU